AUGAUCGAUCCUGUUCAGGAUGACGCGGUGUCAAGCCAGGUGCAUCCCACGAUCAUGGAGGUGCCGCCUUUGAACCUGCCACAGGAGCUGCUACACUUCAUGCAUCGGGAUGAGAUGAAGGAGCCGGCGAAGCCGGCAGAUUUGCUCAUCCCCUUGACGCCCCUGAACGAAGAGCACUACACCGACGCCGCGCAGACCGAGCGCGCUGGGCACGGUCGGCCCAAUCAGAGGGUCCGGCCUUUCCUGCAGAAGCCGGCUCGGACAACCAGGCCAAGUGUAGACAGAUCUGCUAGGAUUGCACAAGGUCAUCGCCAAAGAGAUAUGUCUCCGAUCACCGCUGCUCGAGAAGCCACAGCGAAGCAAGCAAAGCAGCGCUCUCGGCGUGGUCGCGCCAGCGAUGCAGAGCCGAAGCAGCUGCCCUUACAUCGGGAGAUUGAUAUGGGCUGGCGCGAUCUGCUGGACGAGAUCGCCACCUCUAGCCGGCGAGUGCGGCUGGCCAGAGGUGGCCAGACGACCAUUUUGCCACAGUCUGAAAUAGUCAAAGAGACUGCGCGACCUUAUCUGCGCACGCCCUCCCCAGACGAGCUCCAGAGCUUUCCAGAUGCUGAAGAAUCCAGGCCCCGAUCGCGGACGCGCUCGAACAUGUCCCCAGCUCCAGAGGAAUGCAGGCCCCGAUCCCGGACGCGUUCGACCAUCUCUCCUGUUUCAGGGGAAUUCAAAGCACGAUCGCUCAGACGCUCGACCAUUUCUCCAGCUCCAGAAGAAGGCAGGGCCCGAUCGCGCACACGCUCCAACAUCUCUCCAGCUCCAGAGGACUGCAGGCCACCUUCCCGAACGCGCUCCAACAUCUCUCCAGCUCCAGAAGAGAAGCCUGAGGAAACAGCCCCGGUGCUGCCGGACUAUGCGCAGGACGACGGUCUGUGGCUUUCCUAUCGGAUUACAGAGGAAAAGGUGCCCACCGCAGUCUUGACGAAGCUCUGGAGUUUGGCAGUGGAUCCCCGGAAGGACGAGGACAUCGCCCCGAUGGAGCACGUCCCACGACUCACCGUGGCAAAGCGGGAGGUCCCACUCCCCACGGUGCACGACAUCCCGCAGUGGCGCCGCACCAACCUGCGCCGCCGCGAGCAGAGGAAGCUACGUCGAGAGGCAGAGCGGAACCCCACGCUGGAUGAGAUGCUGACAAGCAUCUUCGGCGAACCGGAGAUGGAGAAGCUGCUGACGGCGGAGAAUCACGUGUACCAGUAUCGAGCAGCUUCCCUGCUAGCCGCAGUGGCCGAUGAGAUGUCGUCGCCGAGUGCCAUCCAGCUUCUCAUGGACGAGUUCUUAGACUCCCUGCCUGGCCACCAACACCUCGAGCCAAAGAUUGUCGGGUCGCUUCGUCGCGGUCGCCGUGGGGCAUUCGACGAAGGACAAGCGUCGGCGAAGUUGGCCCUCUCCAUUGCGGAGCAGCAAGCGAGGCUUGACAAGAACCUGGUGCGCAACAAAAGGCUCCGCCGGGGGGCGGAGCAUGCGAGGGCUUGGAGAUGGGAUCUCCAGUGCAUCUCCGCGGCGGAGAUGCUGCUGCUCCGCGAGAAGGACGACGAGGCUCGCAUGAAGCUUCUGAAGGAGGUAGAGAGGCAUGAGAAGAAGGCGGAGGCUCACAUGAAGGAUGUGGUGAAGGCUUGCACGACUUCCUACGAGAAGUGCGAGAGGCGCGCCGGCCGUUUCCAUUCGGCCUUCGUGCGGAGACAGGGGAGCCUCAGUGACAGCCUUCAACGGAGAGUGAAGCGAAUCCAGUACGACCAUACGGAGAUCCAGCAGAUGAAGGAGCAAUCCAUCCUUCCCAGUGUCAUUGGCCAGCCGCAGUGCGAAUCCGACAAGGCCACCCACCUCUCUGUGCUCCACUACUUGAAGCCUCACCGGGUGCACGUGGAGAAGAAGAGGCAGGAGGCCCACUCCAUCUACAUGGCGCAGGUAGAUAAGAUCCAGCACUACCAGCGAAUCCUCGCCGACCCGAAGCGCGAGCCCGACAGGGGCGAGGUGUUCCUCAGCCGAUGCUUUCGCUAUGUGUUGGCUGCUGGGCUUGCCGUCGAUGAUGCGUACUUCUUCCGAGUCUUGUCGCAGAUGCAGCCCGAGGAUUUCGAAAAGGUUUACACCGUCAACUUCCUGGCGGCCUGCUGUGAUGCCUUUAACAUCUCCACGCGGCAGUACUUCCAGUUUCUGGAAAACUCAGGCUUGCCCUGCCUCGUGCCCAUGCCCCAAGAGGGCAAAGCUCUCAUCUACGACGACACGGCAGCCUGGGAUCAGCUCUGUGUCGCGCCUGCUCAGCUGGAGUCGGAGUCCUGGGCUACACCGCUGCCCCUCUACCCGGUCUUACCCACAGAGACGCCGAGGACCUCGGCUCUUGUCAGCCGGGACGAGCCACUGCUGGACAUCCUUCAGUCGGAGGUCUUCGACAUGGUCUUACAGCGCUACAACCUGGGUUCUAAGGGAAAGGCAAACCUGGUGUCACAGCUGGUCUCCCUGGCCUCGCGCCGCGCCAGUGAAGAGACGCAGCCUUCUACGAUGACCCUCGCAAAGCAGGCUACUUUGUCGACUCUGCCCUCCGAGAAGCUGCCCUGCGAGCCCUCGCCGGAGCCGACGGAGGAGGAGACGAAGCCCAUGUUGCCACGGCCGCCCAUGCAGAUGGCCUCCCCGCCCGUUCUUUGCCGAGGUGGUGGGAAGGUCUCCGUGGUUAGUGGCCGGCCGUUCGUGGUCAAAAGCCAUCAAACCCUUCAGAAGGCGAGAGGAGUGGCUGAGCCCAUGUCCGUUCUGGCCCAGGGGAGCUCCCGAAUGAAGCGGAACAUGAACCUCAGCGACGUGAAAGCUGCAGUGCGGACAGAUCCCUUCAUGGCUUUAGACCGUCUUAGAUCGGAGUUCCAGGAGAUCGCAAAGAUCCAGCACUUCGGGGGCGGCUCUCUGGCCAGCGGCAGCGUCACACCCAGCAGCGCACGGAGCAGUGCCUCCCCGUCCAUGUCCAUGAGGAAGUCGAAAACCGAGCCACAUAGCCUCAGUUCGCUACGGGAGGCUUCUUCGAGGUCCUCGGAGCGCUCACGGCUGAGCGGCAAGGUCGUGGAGGAGUCCUUCUCGCCGGUAUCCCUCCGGGAUGGCUUGUCUCCGCGGGAUGGCUUGUCCGCCCGGCGGAAGACCUCCCCAGAGCUUCUGGAGACCCAGGUGAAGGAGAAGUGGCUGCAGGAGCGCUUGGCUGAGCAGGAUGCUGAACUGGAGCGGCUUCGUGCAGCUUUGGCGGCAGCGGGCCGGGCCGUGGAGUUGGCCUCGAAACCGUCCUCCGCCAACGGCUCCCCUGAGCUGGAGCCGAAGCCUCGACCGGACGCCGGCCCAGCCCUUCCGGAGCCCACAUCCACGCCGCUGCUUUGUGCCACUGCCUUGAGGCACACGGUCUCCGCCUGCGGAGAGGGUCUCUUUUGCUCUGCGGCGACCAAGGCUUUGGAGGCGCAGGGUUCGGAGGCAGACGGUGAGGGGGAGCGGCCCGAGGAAAGCAGGACCCGCCUGGCCCGAGCCACCGAUUCGCUCUGGGCCGAAAUCCUGCAGCAACAGGCCCUCCGCCUCACACAGCUGGAGUCGGAGAACCAGUCGCUGCGAUGGCGAGCAGAUCGCCUUCGAAAGACUCAUGAGCCAGGAGAGCUGCGGAGCCUCCUUGCAGCCCAGGCGGAGGUGGUCGCACAGCUUGUGCCGUCUCAGCAGCUUCGAACUCCCGUCGAGGCCACCAGCGAUGCUUACGAAGCUCAGAUCCAGAAAGCGUGCUUGAUGCGCCGCCUGCAGUCACCGCACGCCGAGCCACUGCAGCUACUGGACGAGAGCCUGGCCUUCUCUGCCGGCCGCCUAUGUGAGGACAGCCGCUGGCAAGAGCAGAUCCAUCGCGACGCCUUGGCUACGGUGGAGGCUUUACUCCUGGAGCGCGAGCGCCUCCGCUUGAUGCGGAUGCCCGCUUCAGGUGUGGCGGACUCGCUGGCGCGUGCAGAAGAUCUUUGCCGAGCGCUCUCCGAUCAGGUCGAGGAAAAUCAGGUGCUGCAAAGGGCCCGUGGUUCCCUCGGCUGCGACCCAAAGACUCGGCUGCAGCUGCUUUUCCAAGAUCGGCCGCUCGAGAUGCGGGAGACCUUGGUUUCCUUGGGCCUUCCGGGCCCUCCCUUUCAGGUGGAUCUGCAGCUCCUACAGCUGCAACAGGCCCGGCCUGUGGAGCGCAUUGACGAGCAGACCUCUGACUUCCAAAAACUUGAUAUUGGCAUUUGCGGGCAGCAGGGGGCUGGCAAAACAAGCUUCUUGAACCAGUUUGUGGAUCACCGUUUCCAUGCCGAGCGCUUUCAGAGCGUCAUUUCCGUGGACUUCAGGGUUGCGCACCUCCGGGUCGCGAAGGGCCAGGCGGAGAACAUGGUUCCCGUGAAGCUUCUCCUCUGGGACCUACAUGGAAUUCACAAUGCUUCGAAUCCUGUGCUGAAUCCUACCAUGUUUCGGCGCAUGGCCGCCAUCAUCUUCGUGGCGGACCUGGAGAGACUGCAUCUUCAUGAGAUUCAGCACUUGCUCGACUUGUCCGCAUCGGAAGCUGUCUUGGAGAGAGUGAUGGUCGGCAACAAGGCGGAUGUUGCUCGUUUUGGAACCAGUGAAGCGGCCGAGGCUUUCGCUUGGGCCAGGGGCCUGUGGUACUUCGAGGCUUCUGCCAAAGAUCACGAGAGUGUAGAAGCGGUUCUUCAGCACACCCUGCUUUCUGUGAUGGACAAGCUGGAACUCGAUCUGACACCGUUUCGCAGAGAACCCGUACUUGCCCCAGACCCACCGCCAGAGCGGUCGCGCUGUGGGCGCGAAGCAGGUCGACAGUACCCCGGCAGCUGCCAAAGCCAGCAGCCGCCGGCCAUCGUUUCAGGGGCAGCUGCCAUCCGAGGUUGCUGCUUCAAACAGCUUCUACACGAGAUCUGCACAGGAUGUCGAGAAGACACCUCGAACUCACAACGCCCGAGAAGUGGUCAGCG